AUGGUAGAUGGACCUGUUCUGAUUGUUGGGUGCGGAGUAUUUGGCUUGUCUACCGCCCUGGCACUCAUUAAGCAAGGGCACUACGUUCAUAUUAUAGAUAAAUAUGAACCUCCAUCACCAUGGUCUGCUGCUAAUGACUUCAACAAGAUCAUUCGAUGUGAGUAUAACGAUCCGAUUUAUCUGGAUAUGUCUAUUGAGGCACUCAAGCUUUGGAGAAAUGAUCCACUUUUCAAUAGAUCAUACAAUGAAUGCGGUAGAAUAUUAAUCACUCCUCUACGUCAUAAAGGAAGGAUCGAAUUUGAGCAACAAGGAAUCAAAUUACUUCAAGAUAAAGGAGAAGGCAAAAGGUUUGAGGUAUCAAGAGGUAGAGAGAGUAUUACUGAAAAAUUCUCUUUUUUAUCUCGAAAUACAAUUCCCUUUGACCAAGAAGUCAAAUUUAACCCAGAAUCGGGCCUAGGUCGUUCGGGGCAGACCCUUAUUGAUGUCUACAGUUUUCUUGCUUCGCAUCCCAAAGUUAGAUUCACAUUUGGUGAUGCGGGAUAUGCUGUUGGGGUGCAAAGGUAUACUGAUGGUCAAGUAGGUGUCAUAACAAAGUCGGGGUUCGUCCAUAGUGCUAGUACCGUUCUUGUAUCAUCGGGUGCAAACACAGGUAGUAUCUUGGAUUUACAAAACCAGCAAUCUGCGACUGGUUUGUUUGUCACGCAUAUUCAACUUACAGAGUCUGAAUUCUUAAAGUAUAGAGAUAUCCCUGUUUUAUUUGAUGCUGAGAUGGGAUAUUUUUUUCCACCUGAUGAGGGGUCAAAGAUCAUGAAAAUUUGUUUGAGUGGAAUUAGAUCAUCCAGAAUUGUUCCAGAUCCCUUUGAUUCAGAGAGAGAAGCAUCCUUGCCUCGAUUUCAUAAUGAAUAUCCACAGGAUACUAUUCCUGAAAAUUGUGUGUCCUCCCUGAAGGCAUUAUUGCAGAAGUACACUCCAGAACUGGCCAACCACCAAUUUUUUGGCUCGAAAAUAUGUUGGAUCGGCGAUAGAGAAGGUUCACACUUUUUAAUCGACAAAGUCCCAGGUUACGGCAAUCUUUAUGUUGCCACUGGAGAUUCCGGCCACGCUUACAAGUUCUUCCCAGUUAUUGGAAAUUACAUUGUCCAAAUGAUAGAUGGAUCUCUGGAUGACAAAAUAGCAUUUUUUUGGAAAUGGAAACCUAGAAACGCUCCGGAUAUUGUUGAUGCAUCUGCUGCUAGUUGGAGAGUGUCUAAGUUAGGUACUAUUGAUAUUGAGAAAAUUGUUUUUUUGAAAGAAUUUGGUGUCUCCAAAUUAUGA